AUGUCAACUGUCAGUGAAGAUAUGAAGCGCAAGGCUUCGGAAGAAGCCGACUCCCCAGAUUCCAAACACCGGAGCAAGAAGGCUCGGACGGAGUCAUUUAGUGAGAUCAGGGAAGAUGCAGUCGAGAAGGCACCCCUCAAAAUCGUCCCAUAUCCCGAAAAGCCCGCCGUUAUAGAAGAACGAAAUGGCGAAAUUGAAUUUCGAGUGGUGAACAAUGAUGGGCAAAGGGAGAGCUUCAUCAUCCUCACCGGAUUGAAGUGCAUUUUUCAGAAACAACUUCCUAAGAUGCCAAAGGAUUAUAUUGCGCGAUUGGUCUACGAUAGGACACAUCUUUCCAUUGCCAUCGUCAAGCACCCUCUAGAGGUUGUAGGUGGUAUCACAUAUCGCCCAUUCAGAGGUCGCAAAUUCGCCGAAAUCGUGUUCUGCGCCAUCUCCUCAGAUCAGCAGGUUAAGGGAUAUGGUGCGCAUUUGAUGUCACAUUUGAAGGACUACGUUAAAGCGACUUCGGACGUGAUGCAUUUCCUUACGUACGCAGACAACUACGCUAUCGGAUACUUCAAAAAACAAGGGUUUACGAAAGAAAUCAGUCUCGACAAAUCAAUAUGGAUGGGAUACAUCAAGGAUUAUGAAGGUGGAACGAUCAUGCAGUGCACGAUGUUGCCCAAGAUUCGGUAUUUAGAGUCAGGCCGCAUGAUUCUCAAGCAAAAAGAGGCAGUACAUGCGAAAAUCCGAGCAUUCAGUAGAUCGCACAUCGUUCACUCGCCUCCUAAAGAAUGGAAGAAUGGAGUGGUCAAGAUCGACCCCCUCAGUAUUCCUGCCAUCAAGGAAUCAGGGUGGUCACCGGAUAUGGAUGAGCUCGCACGCCAACCUCGACAUGGACCCAACUAUAACCAGCUUCUCCAUCUUCUCAAUGAUAUGCAGAACCACUCUGCAGCCUGGCCAUUCGUGCAGCCAGUGAACCGAGAUGAAGUUCCAGAUUACUACGAGGUGAUCAAAGAGCCUAUGGAUUUGUCAACCAUGGAGGAGAAACACGAGAAAGACCUUUAUCCUACUCCACAAGACUUUAUCAGGGAUGCAAUGUUGAUAUUCGACAACUGCCGAAAAUACAACAAUGAGACCACGCCAUACGCAAAGAGCGCCAAUAAGCUUGAGAAGUUCAUGUGGCAGCAAAUCAAGAACAUUCCCGAGUGGUCGCAUCUUGCGGAGAAUCACUAG